AUGCUAAACAGGCGUGGCGAUCAGUAUGAAGACGAGUCACUGGACCAGUGCUGCAGAGAGCUGAGGCGCGUGGACGACCGGUGCAGGUGUCGGGCAAUAGAGAGGGCACUUGAUCAGGCGCAGAGGGAACAGGGCCAGCAGGGAGGAAGGUACGACGAGGACGAGAGGCAAGGAAGAUAUGGAGGUCGGGGCCGGGGCCAGGGCCAGAACCAGAUGGAAGAAAGUUACGAGGACGAGAACCAGAGCAGGGGAAGAAGGUACGACGAGUACGGUAGAGGAGGUGAGAGGGGCGAUGAGUCGAGAGACAGGGACCAGAUGACUCGAAGGGCUGAGAAUCUGCCCAACAGGUGCCGCUUGAAUAGGCCCCAGCGCUGCGAGAUAAGGGGCUUUUACAACUGA